GACCCAUAUCACUGUUAGUCUGCAGUGUAAGCACGUUAUAAAAGCUCACUCUGCACUUGAUGAAGAAACAGUUUUAAUAUAAUUUAUUGCUUACAGAUAAAACCUACUCCUCAAAUUUAUGUCUUCUCGAGUCAUGGUUGGUUACCAGAUCAGGGACAGCUCAGGAUAAACAUAUCAGAAACCGUGAAAUAAAUCUUUUCAGAGGGGAUUUUGUACCAACAUAGAAGCAAAAAUACAGAUUCACUCCAAGGUAUGGGAGGAUCCCAAGGCAAAAGGACUGGGUUCCGAGGCAUGAGAGACAGGGCAAGAUCUGGAUAUGCCUGGAGUGGUAAUAAAGAAACAGAACUGGGACUAAAGAAAGCUGAUGUAACUCAUCCAGAUGGCAAUACUGAGCUCAUUAGACCCAGGAAGCUAUAUAAUCCUGUGAAAGACUCCAAGAGUUAUCGGGCUCUUCAUUGUGAAUUAGUGUUAAACCACAAGAGAGGCUUUGCACUCCCGAACAAACCCGAACUCCAGCGAGUGAUGGAACAGAGAAAAUAUGAUUUAUUAAGGGAACAGGAAAAAGCUCAGAGACCCCAAACCGAUUUUGAGCAAGAACUUAACAAAAGACACCAGAAGCUGGAGCAGUAUGAGGAGAAACAGCAAAAGUUGGAAGAACAAGAGAACGUGCCAGAGUUUGUCAAAAUCAAAGAAACAUUGAGGACAACAAAGAAAGGAAGUGCAGAGAAUGGCCAGAUGAUCUAGUCAAAUAUGUAAUGACGAUCAACAUGUGGUGUGCCUCAGUGCUAUAUAUCCAAGUCCAUGGAGUGAUGGGAGACAAGGAGCUUAUCGCUUCCAACGUUGAACGGUCUGAUCUCUGUCAACAUUUGGCCCAUUUUUCACUUCAAACACAACUGUGCCCAAAAUUGAACAUCAAUCAUUUUUAUCAUCUGGCAAUUGAUCUAUCGAUUUGGUUGUUCUCAACUUUUUACAUCUAUGUUUCUCCACAGCAGUAGACUAUUUAAAAGUAGACAAAAAUGCUGGAUAAACUCAGCGGGUGAGGCAGCAUCAAUGGAGCGAAGGAAAUAGGUAACGU